UGGCGGCGGCCACGGGCGGAAGCGGAAGCGCUGCUGUGUGUCGGCGGGCGGCGGAGGGAGCGCGGCAGUGGCGGCGGGGCUUCGGUGUUCCCGCGGGUCAUGGGGAGAGAUUGCUGUCAGAGCACUGCACUUUUCCCUGGACAAACACUUGUUCACCCUGCUGAAUUCUAUUUGCUAGCCAUGGCUUUCCUCUCCCUUUCCAGUUGACUGCUUUGGAUCCCCACAACCCCAAGAAGAAGCAGGACCUAGACAAACUUUAUGAUCUAAAAGCUAAAGCCCAACAGAUUAUGAACCAGUUUGGCACUUCUACCUUGAUCAACCUCUCCAACUUCUCCUCAAUUAAGCCAGAACCAGCCAGCACCCCCCCCCAGAGCUCCAUGGCCAACAGCACCACUGUGGCAAAGAUGCCAGGAACACCCUGUGGAGGAGGGCGGCUCAGUCCUGAAAGCAACCAGGUUUUAACCAAGAAGAAAUUGCAGGACCUAGUGCGUGAGGUGGAUCCGAACGAGCAGCUGGAUGAAGAUGUGGAAGAAGUAGGUUCCAACCCGUGGAAGGGACUGCAGAAAGAGUUAAUUUGGGAUUUGUCACAGAUCAGUGGCCCUUUGUCCAAGGAGAGAGCAUUGAUGCUGCUACAGAUUGCUGAUGACUUCAUUGAGAGUGUGGUGACAGCUGCCUGCCAGCUUGCGCGGCAUCGCAAGUCCAACACCCUGGAAGUGAAAGAUGUCCAGUUGCACCUCGAGCGCCAGUGGAACAUGUGGAUCCCAGGCUUUGGUUCUGAAGAAAUCAGGCCCUACAAAAAAGCCUGCACUACAGAAGCUCACAAACAGAGAAUGGCACUGAUCCGCAAAACUACCAAGAAAUAGCUCCUGAGCAGAGGCAGAGACACCAGGACACCUGUCUCUCCACUGAAGCCUCCAUGAUGUCACCUGUAGGAUACUUUUUUAAUGCUUUACAGAAAAGCAUCUAUUUUUUAUUAAUGGUGCAGCAAUAUCUUGACUUGAUGAGGAGACCUGCCAAAAACAUUCUAUGCCCUGUUCUUCGAUCCUCCUCAGAGUGCGACAUAUCUCAAACAGAGACUUUUAUUUGUGACUUGAAAGUGGUUUAUCGUACAAGUGAUUAUCCAAGGGACAGAGCAUUUGAUCAUGUGUGGGACAGUAUUAGAAGCAUCUGUAGAGGUUUUUGUUUCCUCCUUCCUGCCCGUAUCUGGUCCAGUACUUUGUAAUGUCAGUGUUUAUAUAAAUACUUGCGUUUGUUUUUCAUGAAUAAAGAAAUUAUUCUAA